GGGGCCUGUGGGUGUACAUCUAUUUUUAAGAUAUUCCGAGCGUGAACUACUACUGAGGUGCAACUAUAUCGUGUCAAAAUAUCAGAUUUGUUCGUUUGGUCGUGCGACGUUUUGCAAGUGGCCACUUCCAGUACUGAGAAUUGCUUCAUCAUCCUGCUCGGAAACACAGUUGGAUGGAAGGGUCCAUCAUGCUCCAGUGUCUGUUUGUGUUCAUUGUAUUAGGAGUGUCGCUGAUGCCGGCACAGUGCAACCUCAUCACAGUUUGUAAGGAAGACGACGGGGAUCUGCGGGUGGACUGCCUGGUUAAGGCCAAGCCCGACAAGACCAGCAGCUAUGAGUUCUCCUGGUCGUCGGGCUCCAAGCAGUCACUCAUCAACGUCAACGUGUCCGGACUGGCGGCGGAGGCGGAGUUCAGAAAAGUGAGCCACGUGACAGAGGUGGAGCCGCACGGCUACCGGCUGACGCUGAGCGGCUACCUGGACAAGCUGCCGCACAACACCACCUACAUGUGCAAAAUAACCGGAGAGGGAGCCAGCGUUAAUGUGGAGAGAGAUCAACUUGUCCAGUGCGGCGCCGUCAGCAUGUUUCUCCAGAGUUCCUGGACUGUCGCUGUCCUGCUUUUCUACCAUUACAUGUAAAAACCGAAAGUAAUGAUUCUCAAAGUGUGGUACUGUACAUGUGCGGGAUGUGCUAAACACAUAAGCAUCUUCUCACAACCGCAAUGCUUUAUGUAAUAACACUGUACCACCUGAUCAUGUCUCAUAUGUCAUAGGUAUGACAGAAUGUUCUGCAAUGAAAUGUUGUUAUAUCAUUAUUUACGGAGUGGUUAAUAUGCACUUUUGAACUACAGAAUUGCUAUGGAAACAUGACUGGAAGCUGCAUUGAACAAGGAAAU